CUUCUUGAUAAUCUCCUCUGCCUAUCUCUCUCUCUCUCUAUACCCCGCCUGAUAACCCCUCUCUCACACAAUCACUCUGCUUUGCUGGCUUCAAGCUCCCCCCAAUUCUUAAUUCACUCAUCAUCAUCAACAAGUGCUGUAAUUUCUCCCACUCUUCAUUCUUCAACCAAAAGUUUCUUCCAAUUUCCCUCUCGAUUUGAUUCCUUCCAUAGAUCUAACUCAAUUCACCUUCAGAUCAUCUUCAAUUUCCCCUAAUUUAUUCUAAUCGAACAAAUUAGGGCUUUAUAUCCUCUUAUCUUCUAAUUGUUUAAUUUUGUAGAAUUCAAGAUUGAGGUUUGACUGGCAUAAGUUGAUUGUGAAUAUCAAUAAUCAGAUGUGGAUAAUUGGAAGAGGUGGUUUGAUGAGAUGAGGGAUGUUACCAGGGUUGAUGAACUAUUUUUGGGCUUGUUUUCGGCCUCGGUGGGGGAGAUAUGUUUACAGUGGUGAAUCCAGUGGUCGGCAGGACGGGUUGUUGUGGUAUAAGGAUUCAGGGCAUCAUGUCAGUGGGGAUUUCUCCAUGGCUGUAGUUCAGGCUAAUAAUUUGUUGGAAGAUCAGAGCCAGGUUGAGUCAGGGUGUUUGAGCUUGCAGGAGUCCGGCCCGUAUGGGACUUUUGUUGGAGUUUAUGAUGGGCAUGGUGGUCCCGAGACGUCGCGCUUUAUUAAUAGUAAUUUGUUUCAGCAUCUCAAGAGGUUUACAUCAGAGAAUCAAUCAAUGUCAGUGGAGGUAAUCAAGAAGGCUUUCGAAGCAACAGAAGACGGGUUUCUUUCUCUUGUAACCAAACAGUGGCCAUUGCAGCCGCAAAUAGCGGCCGUUGGAUCAUGCUGCCUUGUGGGAGUUGUGUGUGGUGGGAACCUUUACAUUGCUAAUCUCGGAGAUUCUCGAGCUGUUUUAGGAAGACUUAUGAAGUCAACCGGAGAAAUUGUUGCACUUCAGCUUUCGGCUGAACACAAUGCGUGUAUAGAGUCUGUGAGACAAGAGCUGCACUCAAUACAUCCAGAUGAUUCACAGAUUGUAGUUUUGAAGCAUAACGUGUGGCGGGUAAAAGGUCUUAUACAGAUUUCAAGAUCCAUUGGAGAUUUUUACUUAAAAAAGACUGAAUUCAAUCGGGCACCUUUGUAUGCCAGAUUCCGCCUUCGUGAACCGUUUAAAAGACCGAUAUUGAGCUCAGAUCCAUCUGUUUCGGUGCACCAAUUGCAGCCACAUGAUCAGUUUAUCAUAUUUGCUUCUGAUGGCCUCUGGGAGCAUCUUACUAACCAAGAAGCUGUUGACUUUGUUCAAAAUCAUCCACGUUCCGGAAGUGCUAAGAGAUUAGUAAAAGUUGCACUGCGGUCUGCAGCAAAGAAGAGGGAAAUGAGAUACUCGGACUUGAAAAAGAUCGAUCGUGGGGUCCGCCGUCAUUUCCAUGAUGAUAUCACGGUGGUUGUGCUAUUUCUUGACUCAAACCUCGUGAGUAGGGCUAGCUCGAUUAGAACCCCUAACAUAUCCGUGAAAGGCGCAGGAAUAAACCUGCGUCCAAACACACUCGCUCCUGGGCCCGCCUGACAGUCUGGUCUCUCUCUACAUAUCUAUACUCUCUAAUUUUCAUACUUCUUGUAUUAUAUCAGUGUGAAUACCACCCAGAAAGAAAAUCAACCUGGUGCACCCUGGUUCCAUGGCUCUUAGCCUUGCCUGUUUAAUGGUUGAACUGCGCAACCCCGGUGCACCAUGGUUAACCGUGCUUUGAGCAAAAAAGUCGAAACUCUUAAAUGUACACUGUAACCUGGAAUAGCAAUACCAAAACUUCACAGAUGCAAGUAGUUUAUUCUUUUCUUAGUUGAUUA